UAUUGUGUAGUUAUUAAGGGAAACUAUUUUUUAUUUAAUUUGUGAUUUAAAAACUCGCAUAUUUCAAAAAAAAAAACAACAAUUUGUAUUAGACUGAAAAAGAUAUAUUGAAUACAUUAAAAUCAAGUAAAUGGAGAAAAGGAAUUUAGACACAUCUGAUCUUCCUUCAUAUCAAGACGCUACAGCUCCACUUGCGAAAGACAACCAACAACCAAUGAAUAUAAAUAAUCAAAUUCCAACGAUAGGAUUUAAUCAACCAAUUCACCAGCCAAUUCAACAGCUACAACCACAAGUCUUUUAUGAUUCGGGGAACAGACAAGUAAAUAUUCCGCUACAACAACAAACUGGUCAAACGACAACUGUUAUAGUUACCUCUCCUUCAAAUUAUGGCCCGUAUCCGCAGCAUGUAAUUUGCCCAUCUUGUGGAGUGCGUACACAAACUAGAAUUGUUGCUGAAAGUAAUUAUAUGACACAUGUUUUUGCAAUUGCAUUAUGUUUGAUGGGAUGCUUUUGUUGCAGCUGUAUUCCAUAUUUCGUCGAUUCCUGUAAAAACAAAAAUCACUACUGUCAACAAUGCAAUACUUACCUUGGAACUUACAGUAGUCUACCUAGUCGAUAUUAGUUUUCUCAUUGAAGAAUUCAACGAACCUUUUUCAAAAGUAACUUAUUCAAAACUACUUUAGUUCAUGAAAAAAUUAUAAUAGAUUUUGAAUUUAAUCAGAUCGUUUUAUUCCCGAAAUAUGUGAAAUAUGUGAAAGAAGUAUUGUAUAAACUUAAUUGUGAUUUUUCAUAUUUCUAACACAUAUUAUGUAUGUGUAUAUUUAUA